AGAUGGCGCUUAGAUUUGGUGUCGGUAAACAAAAAACAUAAAAUUGAAAAAUAAAUAAAUAAUUAAAAAUGGCAUCAAGAACACCAGAAAGUACAGAAAAUCAAUGUCCGUUUCAAACAGAAAGGAGCGGAGAAGUCAGGGAAGUUGGAUGUCAUGCAAUUUGGUCACUAUCAUCUUGUAAACCAGGUUUUGGCGUUGAGCAGCUAAGAGACAAUUCAAUGGAAACAUAUUGGCAAUCAGACGGCCAACUUCCUCAUUUAGUCAAUAUUCAAUUUUCACGAAAAACAACAAUCAGUCAAAUUUAUAUCUACAGUGAUUACAAGCUGGAUGAAUCAUAUACACCAUCGAGAAUUUCAAUAAGAAUCGGAACUCAUUUCAAUGAUUUGAAUGAAAUUGAAAUUAUUGAUCUUUGUGAGCCUUCUGGAUGGAUUGUUGUACCUAUCAAAAAUAUCCGCGAUAAACCAAUUAGAACAUUUAUGAUACAAAUAGCAGUAAUAAGCAAUCAUCAAAAUGGUCGUGAUACACAUAUGAGGCAGAUUAAAAUUCAUUCUCCGGUUGAGGCAAAGAAAAAUUUGGCACUUGAUAAUUUUAAUGAAUUUUCCACUGUCGAAUUUCAACAAUUCGCUACUAUUCGAUAAAAUUUUAAUUUUUAAUUUUU